UAAAACUCUCGAUACUGAUGCACGAGUUCACCGUCAUCAUCAUGAGCUGAUAUGAUGUUAGUGCAGUCGAUGACAGCAGAUAUUCUCACAGAAUCACAUGCUGAAGUCUCUCUGUGUGUGUACAGACGGGGCUACAUGUUGUAAAGCAUCUUGUGAAGACAUUAAAAGAGCUCUUCACUAUUUGAAAGACUCGGAAACAGACCAAAUAUGUUCUGCUGAAAUCUCCUGCCGUCAACAGGUUCAGACAGUGCUUUCAGAUUCCCAUCCACAGUCAUGUGGUGAUACAGUCUCUCUUUCUCUCUCUCUCUCACACACACACACACACACACACACACACACACACACAGACAGUCCCUCACUCGCUCACACUCAUCAUGGCCCACCCAUACGACCCUUGGUUGCGUGCGGGACCACCGCAGGAGGAGGUGAGCGUAUCUGGCUGGUGGGACGUGCACUCUGGAGCAGCAGCAGGUUGGAUGGACCUGCAGGGGGCGGGGCUGGGGGCGGGGCCAGUACAGGGCGGUUCCAUGAGCUCCUACACAGCUGAUUCACAGAUGUGCUGCCUGCCGCCCUCCGGCUCCGCCCACUCUGGACUGCACUACCCGCCUGAGGGCUUUAAGAUGGAGCCGCUGGUGCAGGAUCUGCUGCCGCUCCCGCAGGCCUCCCCUUCCUACUCCUCAGAGCAACAGGACACCGCGGGCGCUUCCACUCGACCGAAAUCACAGCGUCGCACUGGGAGUCGUGCUCCCGGUCAGGCCUCCUGCCGCUGUCCCAACUGCCUGAGCGCAGAGUCUCUGGGAAGCACCGGCGACAGCGGCAAACGCAAACACCUGCACAACUGCCACAUCCCUGGCUGUGGGAAGGCGUACGUGAAGACGUCGCACCUCAAAGCGCACCUGCGCUGGCACAGCGGCGACCGGCCCUUCGUCUGCAACUGGCUGUUCUGCGGCAAACGCUUCACGCGCUCGGAUGAACUGCAGCGCCACCUGCAGACGCACACUGGCGCCAAACGUUUCGGCUGCAGCUCGUGCCCGCGGGUCUUCCUGCGCGCUGACCAUCUGGCCAAACACAUGCGUGUGCACGAGUCUCCAUGCCAACCGGCCGAAGAGACUCACUCGGCGACGGCGGUGCCAGCGACAGGAAGCAGAUCUGCUGCGACGUCACUGCUCAGAGUGAAGACGGAAUCAGAGAACUGCGACGACGACACGACGGUAGCAAACAGCUAAUCUCUCAACCGCUCAGUAGACCAAUAAAACCAAACUUACGGAUGUGCGGUUCAUCAUUCUGAAGGUGACUGAUGUGAACUAUAAUCACAUCUGAAAAUGAUCUGUAGAAUGUGGCAUUAGGAUGAAACACAUACCAUAAUGCUGUUAUAUCUUCCGUUUUAUUUAUAUUUGUACAUUUUAUGUUUCGUAUUCUCUGUUGAUCAACUUAAUACGUUGUCAUCCAUGUAUUUUUGUCAAUGUAAUAUUUUUAGUGAGGAUAUGUAAUUAGUUUGAAUAAAUAUAGAGCAUUUUGUUAAUUUCUCAUAUUUGUUUUGUGAUUGUGCUAUAAAAUAUAUGCAGCAUAUUUUUAAUGAUGCUGCAUAUCAUUGUACCAGAUAAACUGAAAACAUGCUGAAUUUUAAGAAAACAUUAUCAUACAACUAGAGCAGAGCUCCCCAAACUUCAGAGGCAUAAUCCCAUAAUACAAAUAAAUAUAAUAUCAUAAAUUUUAUAUACAUGUACAUACAAUGGAGGCCAAACUUAUUAGAACACUUGUAUUUUCAGCAGCUAAAAAAUGG